UGUGCAGGCCGCGGAAGAACUUCAAUAACAGUCUGUUUUUGGUCUUUCCGUGGAGUAUUUGCUUCGAUCUGUGCGGAUUACGGGAAUAUUCGAGUUUAACCGUCGACGAGCGGCCACAAACAAUUCUAGUCACGCGUGUCGCGGAGCCAAGCGGUAAACAAAAAGCACGCCCACCCCCGUCUUCGACCGCCCCCCGCAAUCAAAACAACAAAAGCACACAAGCAAGGCCACGGCGGAGCAACAACAACAACAACAGAAACAACAAUGGAAGAACUGAACAGCAUAUUGCAGAAGACCAAAGAUAAAUCAACGCAAAAGGAGCAGGAUGAGAUUCUGCUGCAGCCCUUCACAUACAUACAACAGAUUCCUGGCAAGCAAUUUCGCUCUGAGUUGGCCUUGGCCUUCAAUCACUGGUUGCUCAUACCGGCCGAAAAGUUGGCGCAGAUCGGGGACAUUGUGCAGAUGCUGCACAAUUCCAGUUUGCUCAUUGAUGAUAUUGAAGACAAUUCGAUCCUUCGCAGAGGUGUGCCCGUGGCGCAUUCCAUUUACGGGGUGGCCAGCACCAUAAAUGCGGCCAACUACGCUCUAUUUCUGGCACUAGAGAAGGUGCAGCAGCUGGGACACCCGGAGGCCACCAAGGUGUACACGGAGCAGCUGCUGGAGCUGCAUCGGGGUCAGGGCAUGGAGAUCUAUUGGCGCGACAGCUUCACGUGUCCCUCGGAGUCCGAUUACAAGCUGAUGACUGUGCGCAAGACUGGCGGCCUCUUCAUGCUGGCCAUCCGUCUGAUGCAGUUGUUCAGCUCCAACAAGGAGGACUACUCCAAGUUGACGGCUAUUUUGGGCCUGUACUUCCAGAUACGCGACGAUUACUGCAAUCUCAGUCUGAAGGAGUACACGGAAAACAAGAGCUUCGCCGAGGAUUUGACGGAGGGCAAGUUCGGCUUCCCGGUAAUCCAUGCGGUUCGCACCCAGAAGCAGGAUAAACAGGUUUUACACAUAUUACGCCAGCGCACGCACGACAUUGAGGUCAAGAAGUACUGCAUCACCUUGCUGGAAAAGCUGGGCAGUUUUCAGUAUACACGCAAGGUUCUGGAGACGCUCGAUGCGGAGGCGCGGGCGGAGGUGACUCGGCUGGGCAGCAAUCCGUACAUGGACCGACUCCUCAACAAGCUGCUGUCGUGGAAGACGAGCGACAGCGCCAGCAUCACGCAGUCGAACCAGAUCAAUCACAACAACGUCUCGCGCAGCAGCCCCAAUCAGAACACGCUCAAUUGCAAUUAGCAGCCAAAGAGGCAAAAGAGGGAGCAGUCGUGAAUUGCGAACGGCAGAGCCUCUUUUGCCGCCAAUCCGAGACAGCAGCAGGCUAGGAGCCGGCCGACGUCCGCCUGCCUCAGUGCGCCCCUGUUGCGUUUCCUGCAGAAGCUGAAGAUAUUCUGAGAUUUAUGUUCCCCUUUGCCACCCGGAAAACCCACUGAGAACCCUUUACUUUCAACCAAAACUGGAGCGAUGAGAACGGAAAUGGAUGGAUGAAAUGGAAAUGAAAGGAAUGGAAUGGAAAGGAAAGGAAUGGAAAGGAUGGGGAUGGAAAACAAAACCAACAGCAGCCUUACAGACAGAAAAUUGUUAAGCCAAAAGUAAAUUGAUAUAAGCCAAGCUUAUCAGUGAGCUAGCAAAGAGCCAUAGCACAGCUUUCCAUGAAUUUGUUUAUGUUAACUUUUAAUUUAGUUUCGUUUUAAAGUUACGUAGUUAGUUCUCUUCCUUUUGCCCAGCGAAUGGGGUCAAGCAAAUCUCGCAGAGCAUUAACUUAAUUAUAGGAUAUGCAAUUUUUUAGCUCUUAUAUUUCUAAGUGUGUUUCGUAUUCGUAACUCGAUUCUGCAAGCAAUUUUCGAUUUCUAAGUGUCAUUUUUCAAUCUAACUCACUCGGAACUCAAUGUGCACUUCCUUUAUCGACGUUGUUCCAUUUUUUAAUUGUUAUACAAAAGGCAAUUCGUAUACAUACGUACUAUUAACGACAAAUUGUUAACGUUUUAUGCAACAACUACAAAAUCAACACAAAAGAAAACCACUAUAUAUUGAAAUAAUGAUAAUGAUGCACUGCACAGCAGAUUUUUGCACAUUGCACCACCUACAAAAUAUAUACAUAUAUUAUAUAUAAAUAUAUAUAUUUUUAUUGUAGUUAUACACUUGAAAAAAAAACGGCAAGAGAAACCAGAAAAAAGAACAAGCGGAGUAACAAACCAGAUUGCUGAAGAGAAAAUGAAAACAAAUUGUAAACUAUGCAAACAUUUUAUGGUAGGAACGACAACUAAUAGCCGAGAAUUUACAGUGCACGCCCAGAUGCAGCUAACAAACGCAAGCGCACCCAACAUUUUGCCCAUAUACCACUAAUGAAAACAUUGAAAUAUGUAUGUAUUUAAAUAAAUAUUUAUGCCAAGUUGUCAAUUAAAAA